AUGGCCAAUGUACUCUCUUCGACCCUUAUGUCAAGACUGGUUCUCAACCUGCGCGAUCCGACACUCUGCUCGCGUUUCGUCUACGACAGUGCAGAAUGCUACACAACCGACCCCGUCAUCACCUCGUUGCAAGUAGGCGCCCAUCAGAGUCGGUACACAUACGAAACAAUGGGCGGGGUUUCGUCAAUACUCCCCUCCACAAAUGGGCACGAAGCCAUGCAAAGGCCCAUGAUCAUGUCCCCGCGGGGCUUCAACAAUGAACAUGAUUCCAAGGACUCUACUAAGGGCGAUCGGAUAGACGGCACCCCAUGA